CCUCAUGGUGGCACCAAGUUUCUAUAAGCCCAUUCUUCUCUGUUCCACUGUGGUUCAAGAAGAAACUUUUCUUCUCCCUCUCUCUGUCUCUGUUCAUUACUUCACGCAUAUAUUCCUUCAAAUUCAUUCUACUUUCUCUCAUCCAAUCAAUCAAGUUACUUUGUUGAGAGUGGUGGAAAAUGUUGGGGACGGCUUUGCAAUUUGGAGGUGUUCGUGGUGAUGAUCACUUUUACAUUCCGGUGAAGGCAAGGAAGAACCAGAAUCAGCGUAAACUGGUACAAAGAGAGAUGGGUGGUGAAACUGAGAGUGCUGAUUCAAUUUCAGAGAGGGAACUUAUUGCUUCUGAGAAUGGGAAUCCCAACGAGUCUUCAUACUUGUUGAGCAAACCAUCUUCUUGCUCUUCUGUAGAGUCUGCUAGCAACAUUGAUCGGUUUCUGGGGUCCACAACUCCUUUAGUCCCAGCUCAAUAUUUAGCUAAGACAACAAUGAGAGGUUGGAAGACUUGUGAUGUAGAGUAUCAAUCUUACUUUGCCCUAAAUGAUCUCUGGGAAUCGUUUAAGGAGUGGAGUGUAUAUGGAGCAGGAGUCCCUCUGGUACUUGAUCAAAGACAAUCUGUUGUCCAAUACUAUGUUCCUUAUUUGUCGGCUAUUCAGCUAUAUGGUCAAUCAGACAGGAAGUCAAAUACUAAGUCAAGGUACACCAGUGAAGACAGCGAUGGUGAUUAUUACAGAGAUUCAAGCAGUGAUGGAAGCAGUGACAGUGAAUUUGGAAAAAGGACUGAACUUUUUGUAGCGCAAGGAAAUGGUCAAUAUCAUAAAGGUGACGUUUCGAUUCAAAUGAGCAGGCUAUCUGUACAUGAUAAGCGCAAUAGAAUGCAAGAGGGAUUUUCUAGCGAUGAUAGUGAAACUGGGAAUUCUCAAGAUCUUCUUUUUGAGUAUUUUGAUCACGAUCCUCCUUAUAGUCGUGAACCAUUGACUGACAAGAUACUUGAUCUUGCACGGCACUAUCCUAGCCUCAAGUCACUGAGAAGUUGUGAUUUAUUGCCAGUUAGUUGGAUGUCUGUAGCAUGGUAUCCUAUAUAUCGAAUACCCACUGGUCCAACAUUAAAAGAUUUAGAUGCAUGCUUUCUUACAUACCAUACACUGCAUACACCCUUGACAGGAAAUGGAGGUACCCAGGGUCCAAUUUUGGUUUAUCCAAAUCACGUGGAUGGUGUACCAAAGAUUUCCUUACCAACUUUUGCAAUGGCUUCCUACAAGUUAAAGGGGUCUAUAUGGACACAAAAUGGAGUUAGAGAGAGUCAACUAGCAAAUUCUCUCUUGCAGGACGCAGAUAACUGGUUACGGCAGCUUCAAGUGAAUCACCCAGAUUAUCAGUUCUUCAAAUCACAUGGCACAUACCACAGGUGAACCAAAUGAGAUGACAUGUCAUUACCUUCUGAUGGCUAAAGCUGUUAGCCUUAAAUUUCUGUGUUCAUUGCUCAAUUCAAACUUGGUAUGGUCCAUCCAUCAAUAGAGACUGAUGUUUGGCACUUCUAAUGUGGAUUCCUCUUCCUGUUACACAAGCUUAAGCAGCACAAAAGAUGAGCUGGUCUCAAGUCAAGAGUGAAAUAGAGAUUGCUAAAGUGAAAAAAAAAAAAGAAAAAGAAAGAAGAGA